UCAGCUUCUGACGUCAUAUGUGUGCGACAGUGCUUGGUUAGCCUGUUAGCUAGCAGGUUUCAACAAGGUUUAGUUGCAAUAUGGCAUUAUUUCCUGCAUUUGGUGGAGUGUCAGAUGCCGAUAACUCUAAAAACACAGAUCUAGAAUGGCUUAGUAAUCGCAGUUUCAGCAACGUGGAUGCUUUGUCUCUACACCAACGGACCAUCCACAAAGACACAGCGGACACGUGCACUCCACAACACACACGCAGCAGUGAGCAAAAAGAUGAUGAUGAUGAUGAUGAUGGUGAUGAUGAUGAUGACGACAUCAGAUCAAAGAAGAAGAGAAAGAAAGAGAAGAAGAAGAAGAAAAGGAAGAAGGAGAAGAAGCGCAGCAGAGACAAUUCAGAGAACAGCGACUCGGACACGGUUUACCCCAGUGACCUUCUGAACCGAGAACUGGAACCAUCACAGAGACAGGAAGACUUGGUUAAUGUAGGUGGAGUUUUGUGGUUUGAUGAUCUUCAGUGUCCCACUGAGAAGCUAUUCUACAUGGACAGGAAGUCCGACCCCGCGAACUGGGAGUACAAAUCAUUGUACAGGGCUCACAUUGCCAGGUAUAAGAGGAAGGGCAGCUCUGCUCUCGGAUUGGACAGAACCACUCAGGCCGUGUGUUGGGAAGACUCCGCCCCUGACAGGAAGCGUAAAGAAAAGAGAGACGAGCGUUAUUUCUCUCCCUCCAACCGCUGCCUUUUCAGCAUUGAAGCUCCACCCACUCUUUCAGCCCCUCCCACUGAUUCCACCCUAUCUACUGACCUUGCUUCAUUUAUCCCACUCCCCCCCUGUAAGGAGGACUCUGGCCCCACCCCCCAAACCAGCACCAGCACUGAUCCUCUCAGAGUGUAUGACCCUGCAACCUCACUGUGGCUGGAGGGCAAAGGUCAACCUGAGGUCAAAGGUCAGGUGCAUCCGCCUCCGUCAAACAUGUUAAUGGCACGAAUGGAGGAGUUUAACAAGAAACUGAGGGAAAACCCCACUGACAUCAGCAUGUGGCUGGAGUUCAUACAGUUUCAGGACGAGGUGGGUGGCUCUUUCUCAGGGCAGGGGGCGGGGUCUGAGCGUGCACUGUUGGACAGGAAGUUGAGUGUGGUUGAUCGGGCGCUGCAGUGUAACCCCGGCAGUGUGGAGCUGAAGCUGCACAGACUCGCGCUUGGCAGGGGAUUGUGGGAUAGCGCAACACAGCUGAAGGAGUGGAAGAAGGUUGUGUUCAUCCACCCAAACAGCGGCCCCCUGUGGAGGAGCUACAUCCUGUACACACAGAGCCAGUUCAGCUCCUUCUCUGUUCCCAUGGUGACUGGAGUAUACAGGAAGUGUCUGAGCACGCUCAGCGCAGUGCAGGACGGACAGCUGAUGUCUCACCCAUCGCUGCCGGGGACAGAACAACACCUGCUUGAUGUGUUUGUGCGUCAGUGCCACUUUCUGCGUCAGGCAGGUCACUCGGAGAAAGCUGUGUCUCUUUUCCAGGCUUUGAUUGAGUUCACCUUCUUCAAACCUGACAAUGUCAAAGACCUAACCACUAAACAGCAGGUGGAGUUCUUUGAGACGUUCUGGGACAGUGGGGAGCCGAGGGUGGGGGAAGGUGGGGCUAGAGGGUGGAGUGCCUGGAUGAAGCAGCAGGAGAGAGGAGGAUGGAUACAAACACCUGAUGCAGAGGAAGAGGAUGAAUAUGAUGAUGAAGAUGAGAUUAAAGACAAAACCCAGCCGAGGUGGAGAAUCUGGCUAGACGUGGAGUCAUGGCGGGAAGCCAACCACUGGUUACCAUGGAGACCGGACAAAGCUAAGGGCCAAUCAGAGGAGGAGUGUGAGGAUCCAGACAGACAGGUGCUGUUUGAUGAUAUCGGACAGUCUCUGAUCCGGGUUGAGUUGCCAGAACUGCGCCUGCGUCUCUUGCUCUCUUUCCUUCACUUACUAGGAGUGCCUGUUGGCUCCGCCUCCUCUUCACGCAACCUUAUUUUAGAUGACUUCACCUUCCUGGAUGACUCCACCCUGUUGGACAUGACUCCUGACACUGAGAGACCUUUGACCUCCCAUGAUCUCCCAGUGGCUGGAAUCAGUGCUGUGGGUCACAUGACCUCUCAGUGUGACUCGAGGAAGAGGGUGGGGCUUUGUAAACAGGGGGAGGAGUUUGUCAGGAAUGUUCUGGAACAGACCCUCCCACUGUUUCCACCUCAGGAUAGAACAGAAGUCACUCUCUGCUGGAUGCAAUAUGAAAAACUUAAGGUGCUGCAGUGUGUACGUAGUGGCAAAAAGAAGUGUACUAGGACACAGGGGAAGAGCACUAAGCGCUUACUGAAGCGUUUACUGAAGCAGCAGGAGAAUCGUAGCUCUCUGUCGCUGUGGCAUGAGUACGGCCAUGUCGAGUGGUUAUUAGGAAACAUUGACGAAGCACGCAAGGUUUUUGAUUCUGCCCUCUCCUUGGGCGGGGCCUUGGGUCUAUGUGACUCCACCCUCUGCAACCUCUGUCUACUGUAUGCACAAUUAGAAAUGGAACUCAUAUGUUUGGGCGGGGCUGAGAGUGUAAGGACCACACCUACUUCUGCCACUUCCUCUCGGGCAGUGUAUAUCUUGACUAAAUUAGCAGAGGGCUCCGCCUACAGGCCUUUCACAGGAGAGAUCAGUGCUGUAGCCAUACUGAAAGCACGCAAAGCAUAUGAACAUGCCGUAACAGAGGGUGGGAUCUGUGAGAAACCCUGUGCUCUGACUGGUUGUUUUGGAUUGUUCCAGUAUUUGACAGUGGGGGUUGAUGCAGCUGAUACGGUGUUCACUCAGGCUAGAGAGAACAUGAAGUGCACUCAGGAGCGUGAGGCCGUGUGUGUUCUGCAUGUGGCGCUUUUACUUUAUCACUCAAGUGUCCAGGCGUUUCCUCUGCGGCGUCUGAGGUCAGCACUGAGUGAUGCACUCACCCUGCUGCCCCACAGUGCCCCUCUGUGGAGGCUCCACCUCCAGGUUGACACCCACUACUACAAUGCUGCUAACACCCGCCGGUUCCUACAUGCCAUCACCAAGGGCAACCACAGUAUCCUGCCUCACCUGUUCACUUUAACAACCGAACAGCAGAGGAAGAAACGGAUAGAUGCUGUUCUACGGUCAGGUCUCCCAGCUGAUUCCCUCUCUGUCUUCCCGGAGACUGGUCUCUGCAACCGCAUCCGCUCACUCUUUGAGGUUGCCGUUGCGACAGAGCAUGGCACUCACUGCCCUCUGCUGUGGAGACGCUACAUCAACUUCAUGGUAUGUAACGGGGAUGCAGAGAGAGGAAGAGGAAUCUUCUACAGAGCUCUACAGCAUGUCCCUUGGGUGAAAGUGUUGUACAUGGACGCUGUGAGCUUGUUCCCUGAUCGUGUGCAAGAGGUUUUGGAUUUGCUGAUGGAGAAGGAGCUGAGACUCCGGACCCCGAUGGAGGAGCUGGACAUCCUGCUGGAGGACUAAAGACCUUCCUACAAUGCACUGCACCUCCUCAUGCCUCCACAUCACAGACUGUGUUUAUUCGUCAAAUUAUUUAUUUUUUUUAUUGUGGGGGGAAAAACUUGGGGAAUUAUUUUUUUUAAUAAUAAUAAGUGACUGUUAUCCUGUGGAAAGUUGUGGUUGUGUUUCAAAUCUGUCUGUGUUCCUACACUGAUGCACUGUGUCGCACACUGAUGUAGGGAACUGAGUGAGUAAUGAUCAUUAAUAGAAUUUCCUACAGUUUAUCACAUUAACACCACAUCUGUGCACGGUAGGCGUGUUCCAGUCUACAUGCUGUAUUGGCUGUAUAAUGUAGGACACAUACUAAAUGCCACAACAUCAACACAAACACGUCGUGGAUACAGAAGACAAGUGGUUUGAGAGGAGUGAGGGAGGAGAAUAUAUCACUAAACCCCCUCACAUCCUGACAUGAUUACUCCAGCUCUUUAAAUCUCUCUCACACAUCCCCCCCCCCCCCCCAACCUCUGCUGUCACUAUGUUCAUCACACAGCGCCCCCUACUGACAUACACACCUGAUAACAUGCAGGUUAUAGAGAGAAACACCCAGUGUGUAUUACAGCAGUAUUAAACAGGAAGGCAGACAAACUUCAUGCAUUUUUUUAAAAUGCGCGUUUUAACCGACAUAGAACAUUAAUUUAGGAUUAAUUUGUUUAAUUGACGUUUAAUAACAGUUUCUGACUUAUUCAUUCCAUUUUAUCAUUGACACAGCUCAUUAUUAUUAUUACAGUGGGGCAAAAAAGUAUUUAGUCAGUCACCAAUUGUGCAAGUUCUCCCACUUGUAAAGAUGAGAGAGGCCUGUAAUUUUCAUCAUAGGUAUACCUCAACUAGGAGAGACAAAAUGAGAAAAAAAAAUCCAGAAAAUCAUAUUGUCUUAUUUUUAAAGAAUUUAUUUGCAAAUUAUGGUGGAAAAUAAGUAUUUGGUCAAUAAUAAAAGUUCAUCUCAA